AUGCAUAACCGCUGCCCGGCGCUGCCCGGCGCUGCCCGGCGCUGCCCGGCGCUGCCCGGCGCUGCCAAAGCCCUACCAAUUACCAAGCGCGUCAGCUACAAAUCCACACGUAGUCCGCAUUAAAGUGGCAGCUGCCCCACGUCACGCGAAUCUUCCACUCAAGCAUCGCUCGCUCGAUUGAGCCGGCCUGCGAAAUACCGAACGCUUCAACCGCCGACCGAUUGUCGACGCUGCCCCGCACGCAAAGGCCAGGACACUUGGGGCUUGAUUCGUGUCUCGAAUCAAUCCCCUUCGAGCACCCUCCUGGCUGUCGGCCUGUCUGCUUCGGUCGUUGCUGCCGCCACCUGUCCGUUUUCAGGGGCGCCCGUUUGUUGCGCUUUUAGAACGCCUCGCUGCGCAAAUGAAACGACUCCCCAACCCGGCAAGCGAGGCCAAGGCUGCACUCACGCACACACACACGCACGCACUCAUCCAGCCCAGCCCUGCCCGGCACCUGCCUCGUCCCUCUUUAACCACGAGCCACCCCAAUUGCGUUUCGACCCCACGACAUACAACGAGGUCGCUCAGGCCGACCAGCAGCAAAACGCAAACUUGCUUUGUCGCAUCGUCCUGCAGGCCGGAGCAUUAUCGGCUUCCCGAGCGAGACUGCCAAUCACAAGCUCGCUCCUUAUCGUGCGCGGCCUCCGCCUUUUUUGUGUCCCUUGAUGGUGAGCAGGCUUCAUGCUUCUUUCUGCUUUCUAGGAACCACUCCCAACGACCGAGGCAAUUCGCCGACGACCUUGUCCGCUCGAUCCUCGAUGACCGCCCGGUUUGACGCGAUGGCAGCCCUAGCCAGCGAUCCCUUCGAUGACGCGCCUCCCGAAGUUAAGGAAUACAUUUCCAACGGACCCGAUGAGUUCCAGCGAUGGGUUCGAAGCAAACUGGGAAGCCGCCCCCGCGCCCGCGACCGCGACACAAAGAUCCGGGAACUGGAGGAAGAAAACACAAGGCUUAAAGAGCAGGCUAAGGAGAAGGCCCAGCAGCAGGCUGAGAAGCAGGCUGAGGAGAUCAGACGGCAGGCCGAGGAGACCAAAACUUGCGGGCCGAGCUUGAAAACUGCGCAAAGCAGCAGAAAUCUAGGAACCACUCCCAACGACCGAGGCAAUUCGCCGACGACCUUGUCCGCUCGAUCCUCGAUGACCGCCCGGUUUGACGCGAUGGCAGCCCUAGCCAGCGAUCCCUUCGAUGACGCGCCUCCCGAAGUUAAGGAAUACAUUUCCAACGGACCCGAUGAGUUCCAGCGAUGGGUUCGAAGCAAACUGGGAAGCCGCCCCCGCGCCCGCGACCGCGACACAAAGAUCCGGGAACUGGAGGAAGAAAACACAAGGCUUAAAGAGCAGGCUAAGGAGAAGGCCCAGCAGCAGGCUGAGAAGCAGGCUGAGGAGAUCAGACGGCAGGCCGAGGAGAACCAAAACUUGCGGGCCGAGCUUGAAAAACUGCGCCAAAGCAAGCAGAAAAGUACAGCCGGGACCAGUGAGCAGGCUGAGCAGCGUGCCGAGAACAUCGAGAGACAGCUGGCCGAACAGCACGCCAAAGAGAUCGAGAAUCUCCGGGCCGAGCUAGCCAAAAAGAUAAAGGAACUAGAGGCCGAAAAGGAGCGGCUCAAACAGGAGGCUGAAAAGGCCAAGAGACAGGCCGAACUUGAGCUUCGUCAACAGAAUACGGCCGGGACUGGUGAGCAGCACAUUAGGCAGGCAACCUCCGAACAAAAGCUAACUAUCGACUUAGAUGCAGUCUCUGAGGUACCUGCAUCGGGCCCUUUGUCAUCCUCGGCUGCGUCAUCGACGGCGAGCAGCGAGCAAGAGAGUAGCGCCGGCUCCACCGAUUCCGCAAGCACUUCCAGCACUUCCAGCAGCACCCCCCGCGAAAGCCAAUCGGAUGCACCUCCAACGAAACCCGCACCACUUGAAGUCGACCCCGGCUCUGGACGAAAAACCCCUCGAGGUUUCCUCCCGAUCAAUCCACCGCUAAGCGAUGCUCACGCCACACCAAGCAGCGAUCCCGAACCGCAAUCGUCCAGCAGUUCCGCCCAAGGUGCAGCCGACAUCGAUAUGCCCGACGCCGCCGACGCCGCACCCCCAAGCAGCAAUCCCGGAGCACAGUCACCGUCUAGCAGUUCCCUCAGCAGCCCCCCCGAUAUUCUCUCUCAGGAUACGGCCGACCCUCCCCUAAACGCCAAUACGAACUUUGUGGUCGACCCCGAAACCCCGAAACCGCAAAGGCCGCGUUCGGUUCUCAAGAAGCCCAAGUUCAGGGGGCCCCACAAACACAGGCUUCUUAACGCGGUUGGGUGGGGAAAAGCGCAUUUCCAAAAGAAGGGGGUCAACGAGUUCGAACCUGGGAAGUUCAUUAGGGCCGGGGUGUUCCAUGAAGUUUGCACCAUGAAAUCCUGGCCGGUGAUUGACCGCUCGAGUGUUCAUGCGCUUGACAAGAUGAAGAAUAGACGCUUUGCCGUCAUUCUCUGCCAUGUUGAGGAUGGGCUCCAACUCUCGGGGGGCAACCCUAAUCAUUUCGUUGUGGCUAUUGUCGACUGGAGGGAGGAAACGGUGGAAAACUUGCAGGGAAAAAGCAGAGGUGGACGAAAGGGAAAAUCGGGGAAGAAGUCGGGGAAGUUUACGCACUGGGGAAUGGACCGAAACAUGGCAGACAGGCUGCGGGAGGAUUGUGAAAAAGAAUUGGAGUUUGAACUGGAAGACUCCGAAAACGAGGCUCGCGACAAUACCGGCAACACCUGUCUGCUUCAAUGUUUGACGGACGUUCGAUCCUACUUCGGGGAAACAACUCCCGAUGGCGACCAGUACUUCGUGCGAUGGUUUUAUCUCGAAAUGCUAUUGCAACACUGGGUCGACUGCUACAACGGGGAGGCCACGUCUGCCGACACGCAAACAGCUAUAGCCGAGGGCCCUUUUGCCGCGGGUCCCCCACCGGGAUCUGCCGGCCAGCACGGAAACAAAGCCAUGGUCGAAGGCGUUCCAAGCGACGGCUCUGUUCCCCAGUCUCCCCAGUCGGCCGCCCAUUUCACUUCGGCUCAAUUCGCCCCGCCGGCCGGGCCAUCCCGAAAACGCCUCCCCAACGGCCGAACCACGGCGGCCGGGGGGACUUCGACCGCGUCUGGCUGCAGCCCGCUUCCUUUAAGUUCUCCGCCAGAACCGCCUCUGCGGUCUAUGCACGUUGACGACAUGGGACCAAACUUGGCCAAGAAUCUGUGGAAUAAGUUCGGGCCCUCAGUCGGCGGCAUGAUCCGCAUCGAGGGCUUGUCGCCACCUACCUCGGCCGAACUGAAGGAGAAGAUUCAACAGCCGGAUCAGGAAUGGGAUCUGGUCGGUGUGAGGUACAGCCUUGACGAACGGGGCACGUGCAGGGUACGUCUCGCCGACCCGGAAGGCGGGUUUAGUGUGCCGGACUUCUCCGAUGCGGUGCCUCAGGAGGACCCCGAACGGUUCCUUGACGACAUUUGCGCCAACCCCCCUAAGGAAGUCAUCAAUUACUACGUCGGACCUCAGUGUACAAACCGCAAAGAGCAGUUCAACGGCCUGCUCCACCCAGGCAAGCUUGCAAAGCUGGCGGAGCUGCGGCGGCGGAAAGCCGAAGAGCGAGGCGAUUCAAGGCAGGACUGGGAGGUUGCCGGCGUAACUACUCCUUACGAACACAUCGGUCACCGGUUAUCGGCCAGCUGCUUCCAUCGCGAAGACGCACACUAUUGGUCCGCCAAUAUCAACCUUUCCGGGGAGAAGAUAUGGGUUGUAAUCAAGCCAGAGUCUACGGGAGCCUUCGAAGCAUACGUUAGGGGCCGUUACAGCAGUUUCGACUGCGACCAAUGGCUCCGCCACCACAACCUGCUCAUUGGGCCAUCUACACUCCGUGCGGCAGGCAUUAAAUUCGAGGUACUGAGCGCCCAGCCCGGCAUGAUGGUCGUCACAAGGCCGGGGCAGUACCACAUGGUCGUCAACAGGACCCCGUCAUUCGCUACAGCCAUUAAUUUCCUGAUGCCUGGCGAUUCGCUAUUGCCCGAGGCCGCGACAAAAGUUUGCGAGGACUGCGGUCUCGGGUUUGCAAAGGAAGAGAAGCUUUGGGACUUUGAACAUGUGGGGAAAAAUCAGCUAUCGUCACGUCCGAAACGGGCCGCCGCUUUACGCCCUGCAGUUUCCAGCGCAUCCAGUACAUCCCCCAGCAAGAAGAAGCGGCCCGCAGCCGAGCAGAUAGACACCGACUCACCAGGCAAGCAGCUACAGAAAAAGCUGAGGGAGUUGCCACCUCCCAAAACGCUGGCGGAAAACCUGACAAACAAAAAGGCGAUGUUGCGGGGAGUAAAACAACUCCUUGCUGCCAAAGAGAUGGCUGAUUCCCCGCAAACAUCAACCGGUCUCAAAGUCCGAGGACAAUGGUUCCAACAGGCUGCUGAACUCUAUCGUCUUGGCCUCAAGCAUGAGCGCUCUUCCGCUUUCUUUGCGCUACUAUCCGUGGUUGCUUUAAUGAGUGCCAUGGAAAAAAUGCGUGCUCGCAUACCCUCUGGGUUCAAGCAAGUGCCACCCGAGGCAUACAACGCGGUCUUCCAACAGAUCGGCGGCACGAAGAGGGCUUUUGAUGACAAGAUGGGCCGGUCUCGCAAACUUGCGAGGGUUUUCAACCACAAGUACCGAGGUCUUUUGCUUUUCGUCUGCUUCGACAACGAUAGCCCUUCGACUAUUUCGGCUUUUACAAAGAUGUCUGAUGGCGAUGUUGCGGAACUUCACAUGGCUAUUAACAACGACAAACGGGCAGGUGCGCUAGCCCGCAUUGGCAAUGAGUUUUUGGGCUGUAUCUUGAAAAACACUGCUUUCCGUAACGGAGUUUGGGCGGAUCGUCCUUACCAACAACUCGAAGAGAUGGCCGACGAGGGUUUGUUCGACUUAAUUACACAGACAGGGAUUUUUAAGUAG